CUCCUCAACGCGGUUGACUUCAGCGGCAAAACCAUUCUGGUUACCGGAACCACUAAUGGCCUUGGAGAGGCUGUCAGCAAGCAUAUUAUUGUCCGUAAAGUCGAUAGACUGAUUAUGGGCGUCCGGAACGUACCUCGAGGCGAGGCGCUUAAGGUCAAGCUGCUCAGCGACUCUGCCGUAGCAGCUGCAAAUCCCAAUGCCAAGAUUGAUGUUUUUGAACUUGAAAUGGAAGAUUACAAGAGCGUUGGAGCAUUCGCUACCAAGAUUCAGGAAACGACACCUACGCUUGAUGUUGCCAUCCUGAAUGCUGCUGUUGGCGGCGUGGAGUAUAACAUUGCGAAGCCAACUGGCCAUGAGAGGAUGCUGCAGGUGGACGUGCUGUCUACUGCCUACUUAGCUAUCAAACUGAUUCCUCUUCUUGAGAAGACCUCGGAUGUCAAGGGCGCACCAAGCCGCCUCAUCAUGGUUGGCAGCUGGACGCAGUUUAGCACUUCCAUCGCCGAGAAGAAGCUUACCCACAAUGUGAUCAAGCACCUUGACGACAAGGCCAAUUUUGAUCCUCGCAGAUAUCCUGAUACUCAGCUUCUCAACGGCCUAGUUGUUGACGAAUUGGGCCAGCGUCUCAAUAAGAGCAAGGUCAUUGUUGUCGAGCCUACUCCUCCUUGGACUCUCACAAACUUUGGCAUAAAUUAUCCCGAAGGCCCAGCAAGAGACGCUGCCAGGAAGUUGAUGAAUGACAUCGGACUGCCCGUCGAUGAAUCUGCGCUGACUUACCUUGUUGCUAUCAUCGCUAAUGACGACGUUCAUGGCCAGUUUCUUGACGACAACAUGAUUUCUCCCCGUUCUCCUUAUUCCUUGAGUCUCGAUGGCCAAGCUCUUCAAAAGGAGCUCUGGAAGGAGCUUGUGGAGGAGUUU